AUGCAUAGUUUUAUUACUAACGAUGAGGAAGAAGAAAUCAAACUGGAAAUUAACGUCCUAAAAAAGUUUUCCCAUCACCGCAAUAUCGCUACAUACUAUGGUGCCUUCAUCAAGAAAUCCCCCCCAGGAAAGGAUGAUCAGCUGUGGCUGGUGAUGGAAUACUGCGGGGCAGGCUCUGUCACCGAUCUUGUCAAAUCCACCAAGGGCCAGAGUUUAAAAGAAGAAUGGAUCGCAUACAUUUCUCGGGAAAUACUGCGUGGUUUGUCUCACCUACAUGCAAGUAAAGUCAUCCAUAGGGAUAUAAAAGGUCAAAACGUGCUUCUCACAGAUAAUGCUGAAGUUAAACUAGUUGAUUUUGGUGUUAGUGCCCAGUUGGAUAGGACUAUAGGAAGACGGAAUACAUUUAUUGGCACUCCAUAUUGGAUGGCCCCAGAAGUUAUUGCCUGUGAUGAAAACCCUGAAGCAACAUAUGACAACCGUAGUGACCUCUGGAGUUUAGGUAUCACAGCCUUAGAAAUGGCAGAAUCGCAACCUCCAUUGUGUGAUAUGCACCCCAUGCGUGCACUGUUCCUAAUUCCUCGUAACCCUCCUCCCCGUUUCAAGAAUGGUAAAAAGUGGAGUAAGAAAUUUCACUCUUUUAUCGACAGUGUAUUGGUCAAAGAUUAUCAUCAGAGAACGUAUACAGACCAGCUCCUGAAGCAUCCAUUUAUUCGUGAUCAGCCUACAGAGCGACAAGUUCGAAUUCAACUAAAAGAUCACAUAGACAGAUGCAAAAAGCAUAAACAAAAAGCAGAUAGACAAGAAACAUUCAGCUAUAGUGGGUCAGACAAUGAAGAAGAAGAAACAACACAACCUGGUGAACCCUCUUCUAUUAUCCAGGCACCUGCUGGCGAUACACUUAGACGGAAUUUCAUGCAAAUUCAGGAACACCAGCGUAAUGGUGGAAAGAAGGAUAAAGAAGAAAUCCCAGAACCUGGUCCUCCAGCAAGACCAGCUCUUCCAUCUCGUUUGCUUGGCCAGGAGCAGCCUCCUCCUCAGCGGCCUCUUCCACCACCACCACAAGGGCGAGAUCACCAUCAGCCAGCAGCACACAAGCCAGGUACACCACCUCAGCACCAUCCUAGGGACCACCGUGAACAUCGUGAACAUCGGGAACACAGGGAACAUAGAGACCAGAGGGACCAGCGUAAUUCUCACAUGGUGAAGCAACCACAGCCCACCCAAGCACAGGCAAGAAAACCAGAGCCUCACCCUUGGAGGUUGGAGGACUUGGAUAUGCUUGCUCAGCACCUGAAUGAGCUUGGGGCAGUCGCUAAUGACAGAGACAGAGAAAGAGAAAGAAGUGAAAGAGAACGUGCAGACAGAAGUGAGCGGGAAAGAGCAGAACGAGCAGAAAGAGACAGAGAACGUGAAAGGGCAGAAAGAGACCGUGAAAGGGAACGUGAGAGGGAAAGAGAUAGAGAGCGUGAGCGGGAACGGGAGAGGGAGAGGGAACGUGAACGUGAACGUGAACGAGAAAGAGAAAGGGAACGAGAGCGACGAGAACAAGAUAAAAGUCGUCAAAACGGAGGCGGAAGUAAGCAUGAAUCGCCUGCACCUCCUGCUGUUAUCGAUGAAGAUUCCAGUGAUGAAGAUGAUGAAGGCCGUAUGAGAAAUGAUGGAACUCUCCUUGCAUCUGAUCCACCAAAGCCACUGCCUCCAGAGGGUGCCCUUCCCCACACCGCACUGCAAGGACCUCCUCCGAACCGGCCUCUUCCUCCAACCCCUGAUGAUGAUGAAUCUGGAGACCGCACACUAAUUAUGCGCAGACAUCAGUCUGAUGUAGAGCAGCAAGUACAGCAGGCACAAGUGGAGAACAUAGAUAGCAGUGUCAGCAGUAACUGUGAUUAUCGGCAGACUCAAAUCAGUGUAGAAAAUUCUAGUGGACGGAGUAUUGGCUCUAUUAAUAAAAAUCAAGAGGGCAAAGGCUCAUCAUGGAAUGAUAUAAAUCAUGAACAACGAAGAUCAGGUAAAGACCUUGCUAAUGGUCAUGACAGCAGGCCAGCUCUGGACUCCAAACCAGCACAGAGAAACUCUCAUCAGCUAAUCCAUCAGUCAAGUGAUGGUGAUUUAAGUCAAAGAGCUCACAGAAGAAAUGAAUCUGAUUCAAGACUAGGAUUGUUAAGAAGACAGCACACAGAUGUGGCACUUUCUCGUCGAUCAGAUAUGUAUCGUAGCAGCAAAGUGGAGUUAUCUUUUCCUUCUGCUCGCUCAGAGGUAACAACCAGUGUGGCUGGUGAACCUGUUCUUACAGAUUUUAUGGCUAUGAUAGGAGAUGAGCAUCAGCGAAUGCCAGAUGAGCAUGGGCGUAAAGAAUUGCGUCGUCAAGUGUCUCUGGAUGGAGACCUACAUGCUAUUGGCUCUGUCGGAGGUGCUAGUAGUCGGGAUCAAGUCAGACACGAAUGGAACCAAAGACGAGAAAAGACAGAUGUGGAUCUUCGACGGGCCGAGUUGCGCAAUGAGUUGGAACAGCGGCGUGUGACUCCCCAGGGAGGACGUGGCCGUGACAGCGUGACCAGUCAACAGCAAGGGCCAGCCCACCAGCAACAGGACCGUUCUCGUGGUGCCGAGCCCUCAUCAGGGAUGAGUACCCCUGGUUCACGCACUUCUUCUGUUCUUCCUGAUCUCCUACCACAGGCAUCCAACAGUCCUAAUGGAUCUCGUCAUGACAAAUCCACUAGUGAAGAGUACCGGCAAGCAGUAGGUAAGGGUACUCCUCCUCAACUUCAGAUUAAACAGCGGUCAUUCAUGACAUUUGGCUUCGGUGCUGGUGGAACAGAACCACCACGACGGGAAUCACACAUCAGUAUCAACGUUGCACCAACAUCACAUGAAGUUAAUGAUACCCCAGAAAUUAGGAAGUACAAGAAGAGAUUCAACUCUGAAAUUCUCUGUGCCUCAUUGUGGGGUGUUAACCUAUUGAUUGGUACGGAGACAGGAUUGAUGCUACUUGAUCGGUCGGGUGUGGGUAAAGUGUACCAACUGAUCUCCAGGCGGAGAUUUCAACAAAUGGAAGUGCUCUCUGACCAGAAUAUUUUGGUGACUAUAUCUGGCAAGAAGAAUCGUGUUCGAGUUUAUUAUCUCUCAUGGCUCAAGUCCAAAAUUCUCCGAACAGAUGCUGUGAGUUUUUGUUUUUUUACUAGUUUUGGAGAGUUGGUUCAGAAACCCUGUUUGGUAGACCUCACUGUUGAAGAAGGUUCACGCCUUAAAGUGGUGUAUGGCUCCAACCAGGGAUUCCAUGCAGUAGAUGUUGACUCAGGACAAGUCUAUGACAUUUACCUUCCUAAGCAUAUCCAAGGUAACAUCACUCCUCACACAAUAGUCACACUACCCAACAGCAAUGGUCUUCAGCUGCUCAUCUGUUAUGAUAAUGAGGGUGUUUAUGUAAACACCUAUGGAAAGGUGACCAAGAAUAUGAUGUUACAGUGGGGAGAAAUGCCAACAUCUGUAGCAUUCAUUGGCACAGGGCAAAUAAUGGGAUGGGGCAACAAGGCUAUUGAGAUCCGUUCUGUAGAAACUGGCCACUUGGAUGGAGUCUUCAUGCACAAAAAAGCACAGAAAUUAAAAUUUCUUUGUGAGCGCAAUGACAAGGUAUUCUUUUCAUCAGCUAAAGGCGGAUCUUCGUGCCAAAUUUACUUUAUGACGCUCAACAAACCUGGCAUGGCAAACUGGUAAACCAAGAGACCAGUUUGUCAAUGUCAGUAUAUAUUAAUCACCAAAGGAGUCUUCCUUGGGUACUCAGAAUUGAACAACUGCCAUGGUAAACUGUUUCAGAAGUACUGUGAAAGAGAGUACUAGUCUAAUCAGCACCACUGAGUGGUUAAUAAAGUUAAGCUGUUUAGGAGAAUGGACAUCUUUCAGUUGAUUUACCACUAUGCAGUGGCUACCUGGACUCUGUAGUUAUACAUUGAAGGCUGUGUACAGAGACUAAGUGCUUAGCCACCAUCAUUCAGAACCAUUUCUGUUGUUGUUCCAUUAUUAGGGUGGUGAAGCUUGCUGUGCUUUACUGUUGGGCCAAAGUGUGUUGGUUUCGUGGAUGAUUCACCUAACUUGGCAUCGCUAAUUUAUUAUUGUGGAAAAUAUUUAAGUGAUUGGACACUUGAAAUUUGUUAAAUAUUGUUUGAUUUAGCAAACAGAAAUUGUUGAUUUUUAUAGCAAGAUCUUGAAAACUCUGCAGUACUUGCUCAAUUCAGAUCUAUAAUUUAAUUUUUAUUUUUAAGCAGUCAAGAAAUUUUAUAUAGAAAUGAGUAAAAAAUAAGCAGUGCAUCACAAUUGUUGUUAAAACUUAUUGUAUUGUUGAAUGAGAGAAAAUCUGAACCCAGAGAAAUGUUACUUUAUGCACAUGAUGUGUUGAAUGUAGUAUAAAAGCCUCAGAUGUCUGUCUGCAAAAGAGUAGGGCGAGUGUGGUGUACAGUGAUGCAUGUGCGUAUGUAUGAAGAAAUGACAUAGGGCUGGGGUUUGAUAGAGCUGCUAUUGAGAAUGAAGAUGGAGCAUCAUAGCUGGUUAAAGCAAUUUUUUUUUUUUUUUUUAUACAAUCACACAGAGGAAUAGUAUUACAGUGAGCAUUAAGUCACUGCAGUCAUUUGGCCAACAGGUAUCCUUUGCAACUCACCCAGAUUUUUUCCACCCCUAAUUUUUUUUUUUUCUCUUGAAGUUCAUUUCUUAUCUGGGCCAGUGCCUUUUGGAUGUGCAGACAUUUAAAGGUUUGCCAUUUAUAAUUAUCCAAAAGGAAAUAAAGUUAGUUACUGUAUGUGCAGUUUGUGUACCUGUUGAGACCUGCAUACCUACGCUGAGGACUGAUGGUAUUAUCAUGUCAUUCCAUUUUUACUAAGACAAUGCAAAUGUACAUCUGGGAACUGCAUUCCUGUUAUAGGUUGUACAGUGUAUGUGAGCUUUUAAACCAAGCCAGUGUGAAGGUUUUAGCUAGGAAAGAAGUUUUCUUUUCCUCUAAUUAAUAAGUGAAAUAUGCAAUAUAGGUGUAAAAAUCUAUUAUGGUGCUCUCUCAACAUCCAAAGCAGUAGUAUGUAUUUGAGAACUUGUUUGAUCACGUGGCAGCAGAAGGUAUGCUUCUGUUAGUGACUCCUGUUGUAUUAUUCAGUGACCACAAUUAUGAUUCCAUUCAUCAGGUAUUCAAAGUGUCAUACAGUACUGUCUAGCUAUCACGACAAAACGCCAGUGAUCCCAACCACAUGUUGUGCCCCCUCUCAAUUAAAUUUUAUAUUUCUAGUGCUGUGGUACGUCUAGCAUACAUUAUGCUUAUUUGCCAAUUCUCUGAAUACUUUCAGCCUCAGAAUCAAAAAUAUUCCACCUUAAAAACAAAUUUUGGAUUUGAAACAUUUUUACAAAUUGUUAUUACAGAACUAGUGCAUUUUAAAAUAUUUGGGGUGUAAAUAUGGAACUGCAAAAUUGUGUUAAUAUUGAAAUAUAUAGGAACAGUCAUUAGUGCAGUUUAUUACUGUACUUCUCUUAUGGUGCAUAAAUGAGGGGAAAAAAAGUUUACCAAAUCUCAGACGAGCUAGCUUGGCUCGAGCAAAAGUGCAAGUUUUUAAAAAAAAAAAAAAAAAAAAAAAAAAAAAAAAAAAAAAGGUCCAAUGCCCACAAUGAAACUCAUCUUUAUCCUUGUAAUGGCAAAAUAAACAAGGUCAUUUGAAGAAUCCACUAAAGAUAUUUCUAGUGCAAAUUAAUGAAUGCUGCUGCCCUCUCUCCACUUGUAUGCUCUUUAUAUCAGUAGCUAAAGUCAUUUUAUACUUUAGAAAUAUCAAAGCCUUUGUAUUAUGAGUGUUAAUGGUAAGUUCUUUUCUAACUUAUGCAUCUGAUUGAGGCACACCAUUGUGCAUUUACUGGGAAUCUUGUGAAUAUAUUGAAUCUAUCCCAUUAAUUUGUUUAUUUUAUAAUACUCCAAUGGUUAUCUUGGAAAAACUGUAUAUACUUUUCAUUAUUUGUAUAAGAUUAUACAGAUCAAAAGGCAUUCAUUACAUUUAACUGAGCUGAUAGCCAUCAUUUACAAUAUGCACAUGAAUUUCAAUAAAAUUCAUUAGAA